GCCCACAUGUCACAUGACUUUGCGGAUUUAGGGUGGAGGCCGUCUGCACUCCUAGCCACUUUAGCCGAAAGUUCUUCUGUGCUUGCUGCUCUUCUGCGCACGCUGCCCCUCCAUGAGCUGUAGAGGGAUGAUGUGCGGUGGGUGUUCCGCCACCAAGCCCGCCACGGCUGAGAUCCAGGCCAUCGCCGACCAGGUGAAGUCCCAGCUGGAGGAGAAAGAAAACAAGAAGUACACCAUGUUUAAGGCUGUGGAGUACCAGAGCCAGCUGGUCGCGGGGACUAACUACUUCAUCAAGGUUCAAGUUGAAGAUGAUGACUUCAUCCACAUCCGAGUGUAUGAAAGUCUCCCGCAUGAAAAUAAGCCCUUGGCCUUGCACAGCUAUCAGACCAACAAGACCAGUCAUGACAAGCUGACCUAUUUCUAGUUCUGGAUUUUGAACUGAACCCAUUAUCCAUGUGGUUCUCUGUCUUCUGAUUAUGUGUCUGUGGUCAUAAAUGAUUGAUGUCACUACACUGUGCCUCUUUUGCUGGAGGGGCUGUUCUGCACCCAUCUGGUGUCUCUGUUUCUGACUUUUAAUGGUGUGAUUUUCCUCCCAAUCAAUGAUUUUAACUGAGUUGCUCUCAAAGAGGGCUUAGAUUAGUUCUAAAUACAUAUAUUUCUGAGUCUUUGCAAA